AUGUCCAAUGCGACGGCUGACGCUAUUUUUGCUGAUUCCACAGCCACUAUACGCUUAUUUAUCGUCGAUGUUGGGACUGAGUUGCCCAAAAAAGGUGGUAUCGAUAUGGAACAAUCGCUCUUUCACCCACAGUUCAUCAAUGCAGCACCCGGUGACAUGGUCCUAUUUCGGUUCUAUGGGGCGUAUGCACUUUACAGCUCUGACUUCCCAGACCCCUGCCACGCACCGCGACUAAGCCUGAAUGCUGUUCCAACAAGAGAUAAGAUCCCAUCCCACCAGGUUUCGGUCCAGUCCACAAAGCCACUUUGGUUCUCGGCCAGCUUAAUCGACAAGCCACACUUGUGUAAUAACGAGACUGUUUUUACCGUCAAUCCCGGUAAUCAGAAGGAAGAUUUCUUGGUCCAUGCGUGA